UAGAAGAGGACGUCGGACUCGUCGGAGAGAGGCGAUGCUCACACGUGCACCUCGGGGCAUUCACGAGUUGGCAGUCGGCUGUUGAAACCCGCCCGGUGAAUGCCUCCCGAGCCUCUUGGUGCUCGCAUUUUUACCGACCUUUCGAUGCACCCGUCGGGUCCGCGUACACGCAGGAAUUCCUCGCUCAGCCAGAGGACUACGAAUUAUCCGCGCGAGCCCGGGAAUAAUAAGUCGGCGGUCGAAGGCGGCUCUCGACGUGGAAAAUCGAACGUUCUGUGCGAGUGUCGGCGGCAGUGACGCGUGACAGGGACUUUGAAGAAAGUGAAAUGUGAUCCUGCGAUGGACGAGGAGGAAGUCGUCCGCGGAUAUCCAGUUUCUCUCGGGACUUAACAGUUGGCGAACGUUUCCAACGGUGCUCUCCCGGUGAAAUUUCGAGCAAUUAAAAGGGCGAUACGCAUCGGUGAGGUCCUCAUGCGAGACCGCUCGCCCGAUUGAAAGGGUUUGUGUAGAUACCGCGGUACGCUCGCUGGUGUCGGCUGAUUCCACUGGUAAAUAUUAUGGGCUGAACUCUCGUUACGGGUAUUCAAAGACCCAUGAAGAUCGCGAGACGUGAUUUAUUAUGGACGUUGAGAGCGCGUCGUCGUGAAGUGGUUCAGUCAGCACUCAAACGACUGUUCGCCAGUUUCGUUUUGUCAACUACUAUCGUUCGAAAUAGCAUAAAUAGACAUUCCCAAGGAUUUAUAUAAAAUAUGUCGUUGAUAAUGCUUCGUUCGAUGAAUACGUGAUCAUCACCGAUCCAAUUUAAGUGAAAACGUAAAAUUGCUGUGGGAAUAACAGUUCGGCGAAAUAAAAUUACAAGAAAUCGUUCUCCUAAAACGGAAGAAAAAUGGGCUGCGUGCAGGCGAGAGCUCGUAAUGCAGUGUAAUAACGGUUUCAACGAUUUUUCAUGUGUCAGUGGAUCACUAGGUUUUCCAGCCGUACCGUCUGGCCGGUUUUUUGCAAAAGUUCGCACGCCACCGUUCCCCGUCCCCUCGACAACCUCGUUUAUCGAUUAAUCAAUUCGUCUUUCACAUCCGACGAAUAAAUAGUUUGCCGCGUUCACGGUAGACAUGCCGAGGAGGCUAAUUGAUUCAUUCGACUGGCUAACAGAUUCCUAUCGCGACAAAUUGCGGGACGAACGGAUAAAACUGUAAAUAAGUAACUACACGACUGGGACGCGCGAGUCUUUGAAAAGAUCCGCCGUCGAGACGCCGUUAUGUUACUUUGCGAGAAAUUUGCACGAUGAAAGUCGUAAUGGGCCACCACGGCAAGAUGAAUGGUCUUGGACGUUCGCGACAGGAUGCGUUUCGAGGGAACGCGUUCUCUUCCAACCGAGUGCGCGAACAGUGGCAAGUAAGCGCCGCGAGUGCACGGUAAACGAGUGUGGGAAUCGACAGUGACACUAAUGACGUUAACGACGCGAGGACGCAUAAUAUUGUCGCGCGAAACGGGUAACAAGGAGAUAACACGUGUCGCCCAACACUGUAUCAGUGAGGAGGAGGCGGAGGCGGAGGAAAAGGUGUUCUCUAAUUGUACACGGUCGCGUUGACUGGCUCCGAUUUUAAUUAAAGCGAUCUUAAUUAAGCGAGAACCGAGAUUCAACGAUUGAGUGCGCGUCUAGGAUUAUUGCAUAAUAAAAAUGUUGCCGGCUACCUCGGCCGAUCUUGGCAAAUAGACGACGCGGUUGAAAGCGUCCGGCGCUGCACAAUCCAGCGUUAAAGUCCCGAGGGACGAUUUAUGAAUCUGCAUACCGUGAUAUCUUAAUAAACAACCAUCGUAAAGGCGAACUUUUAAUCCUCUCGCCAGCGGAGGUAGGUAGGUAGAAGAAGAGGUAUUUUAUGAAUGCUCCCUUCGAGAGGUCGGGCCGGGCCCGUAAUUACGCAAGUACGAGCACAAUCGCGGAGGCAAAGACAAUGAACGAGAUAGGCCGAUAUCGCGCGAGAAAAAUUCCAUAUUGUCCGAGGAAUGUGGGCGUAUCUGCCGAGAUAUCUAGGAGAUAAGGAGAAAAAUCUUUGCAUCGAAAGGAGGAAGUACAAAAAGCACGCAACGCGUUUCUUGUAUCGUUAUUAACAAAAGAGGAUGGAGUGAGAUUCAGAAUCUGAGGAGUUAAAAACUUUCAUUUUAGUUAUUUGAAAGAUCGUCUACUUGUUGAGAGAUUAUAGACAUAAAGUGUGCUCAUAAACAUUUCUUGAAAUUGAAUAGUACCAACAGCAGACAGAAUGGGGAACACGAAGUCGCAACCUUGCCGACGAGGCAAGCAACUGAAUGUCUUCUACCUUAUCCACAAGACGUGGAGCAUGGUGGCCGAUCAUCGGAAAGAUCAACGCCGAUCCGAAGACACCGACCGAGAGACCGAUUUAUCAUCGAGGUGCAGUCGGUGCAACGGGUGCGAUUACGGACAAGACAGCCUUACUUUUGAUAGUGAGACGGACAUGGCUCCGAACGCGGAGGAAGAGUUGCUGGUGGUAAAACCGUGGGGCCCGCAACCGGAAAAGGAACGAUUAAGACCGCCUACCUACAACGCCGAGGACUACGCUAUCGCUCUGAGACGAUGGGGAAGACGUCCAUUAGGAAGUGUCCAAGAGUCGCAGGGAACUUUGCCGUCGACAACCAGUUCGAGUUCCGGUUACGCUUCCGGAAGCGGCGAGAUGACCUUGAGACAAUUCACCUCGGUCAGUGAGCUCCUCAACAAGCUCAGAGCAGACCUCAGGCUAGCGUUUCCAAGUUUCGUUCAGGAAUUCUCGUCACCGCCGGCCGAUGGGAUCACCUUGCUGCUGGAGACGCUGCGCGGCGUUCAGCUGGCCCAAAGCUCGCCACCUUCUUCCGGUCAUACUGGUCCGAGGGUCGGCACGAGGAGGGCCGCGUUGGACGAGCUCGGAUGCGUCGAGUGCCUCGCCGCUUGCACCGAACGAUGCACCGACGCGCCGAGGCUCCUGGUGCAGGCGCAGCCCGGCCUCCUCGCCCUGGCAGUCUGCCUGACCAGUAGCUUGAACCGGUCUCGAGUCCUCGCUCUUCAGUUACUCACUAAGGUUUGCCAAAUACCGGGUGGACACGCGGCGGUUUCGGAGGCCGUUUCGACGCUCAGGUUGAAAUAUGGCGAAGGUGGAAGAUUCCGGUUCCUGGCCGGUGCGCUUCUCGCUCCCAGAGCAGCGAUUGCACUGAGAGUCGCAGGAGUCACUUUCCUGAACGCUUUUCUGAAAUCUGCACCACGGACGCAAACCAGAUUAUAUAUUCAAGCCGAAGCCUGCGAAGCUGGACUAGAGCCGCAGGUCCUUCAAGAAUGGCUGAAAGAAUUGGAUGGCAGGGAGGAGGACGCGUUGCACGAUCUUCUACAUAAGGAGGUUCAGAAAUGGGCCCACAACUGCGUCGACGUGGACGCCCUGCAGCGAAGAGUCGUACGUGCCGAGGAAACCUGCAGGAUCCUCGGCAAAAAGGUAUCGGCCCUGCAGUCGCAGCUUCAGCAGCUGCAAUUGGAAAAGCUGAACAAUUACAACCUCGAGGACCGUGAGAAGAUGACGGUGCUCGGCACGAAGCAAUCGCCGAAGGUUUCCUCGAACGCCGAGGACGAGGGCAUCAGCUCCUCUGAGAGGUCGAGCAGCCCAGAGAACACGAAGCAUCAGUCGCGGACGAGUCACCAAAAGAUGAACGCGUCGCCGGACAACGACCAGGAGACGACGAUCGACGACGUGAUCGAGGAGCUGCGGAUCAUCGUAAAGGACGCGGAGGAGGAGAUCGGCGACAAGAACCGGACCGAACAAAAUCGAAUCGAUCAGAAUUUCUAUAACGAAGACUCGUCGAAAACGCAAUUGCACAGGUCGAGCUCGAAGAUGUCAUUGAACAACGGGGACAUUUAUGUGUACGACAAGGUGAUGAAGAGAGAUAACAAGAUGCCAAAGUCGAACGCUGGUUCGAACGCGUCGCAGAGCAUGAUCAAAGGAGAACAAGUGACGUACUUUGGGAACGAUCGCGAUUACAGCACAGAUUCUAGCGGUGGCAGAAGGACGAAUAUGGAAUCGCGAAGACUCUCGAAGUCGUCGGUGGACGGUAGCGUGAAGAUUGUUGUGAAGGGCCCUGACAUUGAAGAGGCGAUCGUACCGACUAUUCUACACCCCCAACCGCCUAGACGAUCACCACCGUGUCUAUCCGCUAUUAUGGCAGUGAGACGCGGUGACUUCGUCGAUCACGAAGACGUGUCCAACUCCCACGACGAGGACAUCGAAGAGGAAACGUUAGGCGACGGUAGCGAUUCCCUCCUUAGUGCUUCUCGUUUGAAAUACAACGGGAAGAGUCAGGCUUACGAGGAGCCAGUCAGGAGCGAUAUCGAUCACUUCCAGAAGCAUUGUCCGAGAAAAGAAACCGAAAGCGGUGUUAGUGAUAAACUAAAAAAGAGCUACGACGAUCUCCGAUACUUCAGUGAAAGUGAAAUAAAGAACAGGAAGACGAUCAGGAAUUACGAAUCGUCUUACAGUAAGACUAAGACGGAGUUGAAAUCCAGCAGGCAGGAUGGAUUUUCCCAGAGGCACAAGUACAGGAGUGAGGUGGAAAAGAGGAAGCAGCUGCGUAGAUCGGCGAGUCACGAUUACCUGGAAUCGAGCGCGUCCAGUCCGCGUUCGAAAAGGUCGAACCGGAGCAGAGUGGAGAAUCAGAUCAGGAAAUUCGAAAGUUUGAACUCGUUCGACGACCAUCGGAGCCUCCAGAGCUGCGGGAGACACGAGAGCUCCGAGAAUCUGAGCAAACGAGAACAUUUGUUCACGGAUGAGAAUUCGAGGAGCAAGAUGCGUAGGUCCGAGUCGUUUCACCACGUUUCGCACGUUUCGAGAAAAGAUCAGUGCCCUUCGACACAAGGGGGGAGCGACAGCGGCCUGUUUUACGUGACAGACUUCAACCUCGAGCCUCUGGUAACGCGAAGGCCGAGAUCCAUCGACGCACCGAAGUCUCCGAGUUUGCUGACUAAAUCUUUGGACCGAAUCGACGAGGGCUUGGACUCUAUGGUCGACAUCGUGAUCACGCAAGAAAAGAAUCAGUGGAACUCGAGCAAGUACCACGUGAAGACGAAGAAGGACGAGAGGACGCUUGCCAGAUCGAAAUCGAAUAGAUUAGACGAUACCAAAAGCUGCUGCGAACCCGGAUCGAAGUCCAGGAAGGAGCAAUCGAGGAGCAAACAUUUGAAGAGCGAUGAAUUUUAUUCUUCGCACGUAAACAACAAACAGUUAAGGAGCGAUGAAUUGUACGAGGAACAGAGAAAUCGCGAGUGGAACGAAUUGAAUUCUGCCAGGAGGAAUAACGAGUUCAAUUUAGAUCGCACUCCGACGAUACUGACGAAGAACGGUGUGAGGCAUAAUUCGUUUUGCCAUAAUGAUAAUAUGGGUAACAGGUUCGCGAGUAAGUCGAUGGACUCGGGAAUAUUCGCUGGCCGGACGUACGACACGUUCGGGCUUGGAAAGACUCGGUUCAACGCCGGGAAGUAUUCAGGGAAGCAGCAGAUGAAGGAAAAUCCGAUUGGACGAAGGAACACGACUUCUUCCGCGGUUGGAAAUCGGGGUAAAGUCACUGAUGUUGUUUCAGGACUUUAUUAAAGUAUAUAUAUGUUCAAUUCACUGGAUAUUGUAUCAUACAUCGGAACAUAUUCUUGUACAAAUUUUUCAAGUAUUCAAUAAUUAAUCAGUUUGCAGAUAGUUCAUAUCUUUUCUUAUGCAUUCGAAUACAAGCUAAUAUAUGUAUAAAUUGAAGCGGGAUAUCAUUUGAAUAGUUAUCGCAGUCACGUUACUUCGGUGCAAUAUUAACAAGUAUUAUUGGUCAAUUCGCGGAAUUAUUUAUUUUGUAAUUAGUACGGUCGUUAAUUCUGGUAAACACAUAUGUUUUUAGUAUGAAGAUAAUGAUUUUGGUGAUGGACCAAUUACACUGUGCAAUAUACUUGUUUUCUUUGCGAGGACUUAUCUGUCUAACUACGCUAAAAAAACGACUGUAAUUUGUGAACACUUAAACGUACACAAAGUGUAUAUAAAAAUAUUAUCUUAAUUACGCGAUAAGAGUAAUGUCUAAUUACAAGGAAAGUUAAGACCAAGAUAAAUAAUAACACAAGUAGCUAUUAAAAA